AAAAAAAACUCGAUCCACUCUCCAUCCACUGACUCAGCUCACCUAACCAUCUGAUCCAAAAUCCAAUCGGAUGCAAGCGGCGCUCGCAAUCAUGGCCGCACACACAGUUUUCUCCGCCGCCGCUACCACGACGGUCCACCACUCUCUCAUCUUCCCUACCAUUUCCUCUACUUCCUCACCAUCACUCCCACCCCACUCCGCAUUUAACGGCGUCGCUCUCAAGGCAAACCUCCGUCCGUUCUUGUCCCUCUCCGCCGCCACCACCCCCAAACCGCUCACCGUCGUCGCCGCCACCAAGAAGGCCGUCGCCGUUCUCAAGGGCACUUCGACUGUUGAAGGAGUUGUCACUCUCACCCAGGAAGACGAUGGCCCGACUACCGUGAGUGUUCGUAUCACUGGACUCACUCCAGGCGAACACGGCUUUCACCUGCAUCAAUACGGAGACACCACCAAUGGAUGUAUAUCAACAGGACCGCAUUUUAAUCCAAAUGGUUUGACACACGGAGCUCCUGAAGACGAAAUUCGUCACGCGGGUGACCUGGGAAACAUAGUAGCAAAUGCCGAGGGUGUUGCUGAAGCUACAGUAGUGGACAGUCAGAUACCAUUGAGUGGUCCUGAUUCCGUUGUUGGAAGAGCUUUUGUCGUGCAUGAACUUGCGGAUGAUCUUGGAAAGGGUGGUCACGAACUCAGUCUUACUACCGGCAAUGCUGGCGGGCGUUUGGCAUGUGGUGUUGUUGGUUUGACUCCCCUGUAAUUGUAGCUCCUUAAGAGAGGCUUCUUAUAUAAGAUGGAAGCUAAGUUUUUACAUUGUAUUAGAUAAGGGCUGUUUUGGUAUUGCGUACCAAUAAUUUUAAGGAUGUAUGAGCACUCUGUCAAAGGUGUCAGAUUCAACCUUUCACUCUACCUUAAAAAAAUUGUAAGUGUUCUUUUAUUUUAUUUAUUACAAUAUGAGUUUAUUUGAAUUUA